GUGUCAGCGCAGAGGGAGGACGGCGGCAGGGAGGAGGAUGGAGCUGCACAGAGGGUGGCUGGCGCUCCUCCUCUGGGCUGCUCAGUCCCCAGGCUCGCAAAGUAAUCCAGUACAGAAUUCUCCCCAGUAUCAGGUGAACGGGAUCCUGGGAGGAUCAAUCGUGCUUGCUACAAAUAUUUCCUCAGCAGAAACAGUGGACACAUCUGAAUGGGACUUCACAUCAAAACCUGGUGUGAGACUCUCGUUUGCUGAGUUCAGAGAUGGAAAGCUGGAGUGGCGGAAUCCAAGGGACAGAUUUGGGCAGAGGCUGGAAAUGGCCCGCGGGACCACACUGAGGAUCAAAGAUCUGGAGAUGGAGGACAGUGGAGUAUAUAGCGUUCGUAUGAGGUUUGUUUCAAAUCAGAUCGAAGAUCACACAUUCCACCUCACUCUUUAUGAGCCCGUUCCAGAGCCGCAGAUUCUCCCCCGAAAUGUCUCCAACACCACAGGCAGAUGCAACGUGACUCUGCAGUGUCAGUUGCCUGGAGAGGGGGCAUUUGACAUCUCCUGGAAAAGAGGGAACUUCCCCAGGGACACAGAAGAUGGUUCCGACUGGUACCAGCUCUCUGAUAACGGCACGACUCUCCACUUGUCCUGGCGGCCUGCCUCCUCGGAGCCCACCUUCACCUGCCUGGUCACCAAUCCGGCUGACCAGAAGAGCGUCUCUUUCACCAUGAGCCACGUCUGCCAGAUCAAGGGAGAACCCAUCCCUCUGCCCUGGGUGAGCCUUAGAGUUAUCAUCAUCAUGGUGGGGCUCUUGGUGCAGAUUGCAGUUGUCACCUCGGUCAACCUUCUGGGAAGGAAAGAGAGGAACCGAAGCCGCAGCAGAUGUUUGGAAGGGACCCACCAGGCCAGAUCGGGGUUUCUCAUAAGACUCGGCUCCCUCUCAAUGACUUCUCCCCUUCCCCACAUCGUAUUUGCGUGAGGCUUUCCCAGGAUUAGUUGACUCGUGGGUUUCUCUUUUGAGAAUUGUUUUAUGUUUUUGCUUGCUGCAUUUUUCAUUGUUGUUGUAUGCCACUGUGGCGUUG